AUGUCGUCGUCUUCAACCCACAACAUCGACUUCACUCAACUGCCCGACCUCCGAUCGAUCUACCCGACGGGCGGUCAGAAUGGUGCACUAUCAAGCCAGCACAUUGCCACGUACCAACCGAGAAGUGCUGCUGGUCUCCCCGUUGGCCUCCGUGAUAUGCAUGGAGUAGACGUGGUGGUCACUCUCCUUCGGCACCUCUCGAGCAUGCUCGCCCCCUGGACUCGUGCACCCUGGAGGCGCGAUGGUGAGGAAUUCACGAACGAGGACCGGUUCCCGAUUCUACGCCUUGCCUGGUCCGAUUUAUCUCGCACACUAGAGUCGAUGGCCGCCCAAGAUGAAGCUCGCCGAGCGAUCGUCACACAUCUCGGGAUCAUGGACCGUCCCGUGACGUUUCUCGACAUCAUGGAUUGCCCGCUCAUGUAUGAGGCCCUGAUGCAGACGAAGGCAUACCAGCUGUACAGCUCCUUGAUUGUGUCCCAGCCCCUCGAGGAGUCCCUCAACGGGAAGUGGGACAUCGAUGGGACCGGUGCAUCGAGGCUGGACCUUGCGAGGCGCUGCGUUGUCCACUGGGAUUGCCAGGAUGACUUGGACACGCACGUCAGCAAGAAGUUCGGAUUCUUCGAGCACCGUGGCAAUGGGCGGCGGUAUCUCUACCAGUUCAAUCAGCCCGGGAUCCUCCAGGUUCGAUUCCGUUCGCUUGUUGCAAGCCGAGCGGAGCGCCAGCAGUUGCACGGUUUCAGGAAGAUCUGGAAGAUUACCGUUGACGGCAGUACAAUAUGCCAGGUCGACGAAAAUGGACAUUAUUGCACCGAGGCGAAUCCUCGUUACGACUACGUCUUGGUUGCUGUUGUACGGCUUCGGGAUGGAGCAAUCCCGAACGACGUCAUCAGGAGAUACAGUGCCAAUGGUGAUCAUGUCCACGAGCCCUCCGACUUCCUGCACGCCGGCACCCAUCGAUGGUCGGUGGCAGAUGAGAACACCUCGUUUGUUCUCUUCUAUGCCAGGUGCAUCCAAUCGCCUCCGCCUUUGCACUAUCCAGCCGAGGUCACCAAUUCUCGACUUGAUGCCGAGAUGUCAUACGCCAAGCAGAGAAGAUUCGGCGCUCCGUGA